CAUUUUCAAAAGAGCCCAAAAAUUCAAAAUCUCCAUCUUCCUUUUCCCUCUGCCCCCCUCUUUCUCUCUCUCUAGACUUUCUCUCUCUUCUGAGCAGCAACGGCAAUGGCGUCGCUCUCCCUGAAGCUCCACAUCACCAAGGGACCCCGCGAGGGGGAAACCCUAGAGUACCCCCCCGGAUCGACGGUCCGGAUCGGCCGCGUCCUCCGCGGCAACAACCUCGCCAUCAAGGACGCUGGCAUCUCCUCCAAGCACAUCUCUAUCGAGUCCCGCCCCGCCGCCGGGCCCGAGCCCUCCGGCGGCAACGCCUGGGCCCUCACCGACCUCGGGUCCUCCAACGGCACCUUCGUCAACGAGUCCACCAGGCUCGCCCCCGACGCGCCCUACGUGCUCCGCGACGGCGAUUGCAUCAAAAUCGGUGAGCUCACUGCCUUCCUCGUCAAGAUAGAGGGCUGCGGCGGCGGGGAGGCCGAGUCGAGGUUGCGCCGGAACCCUAGGCGAAGGGCCAACGAGAGGAACUCGGAGAAGGAGGCGGCCGCGCCGGUGGUGGAGAGCCGGGCGGGGAGCGUUAGGGUUCCGAAGGGGAGGGGAGGGAAAACCGAAUUACCAGAAGCUGGGAGCGGUGCAGCAGCAGCAGCAGCUCCAGCUUGGUCUGCGAAGAGUGAAUUGGUGGAGGCAAGUGCAGUGCGAGGGUUUGAGGGCGAGGCGUGUGGUGCGGAAUCGCGAAAUGCGGGUACGGCAAGGGAGAAUUCGGGGAUCUCGCGAGUGAGUCCGAGGAGGACUAGGAGGAGAAAGAAGGAAGAAGACAAUCCGGUUGCUGGUGCCGUAGUCGAGAAGGGUCUGGAGGAUGGAGGAACAAAAAAGGACGAAGGUAAAGAGAGGAACACGAGAUCGAGAAGGACGAGGCAAGCAAAGGGAAGGAAUCGAAUCGGUGAUUCGGAGAGAGCGGAGAGGUUGGAUCCCGUGGAGGAGGCGCGAGAUGAUGUCGUGGCAAAUGAGGAGAGUGCAGGUCUGCCGAAUACGGAGUCAGUCCAUGGAAAUGAUGAAAGGGAAGUGGUGGUGGGUCGGAGUCAGGACGCCGAACAGGUGGCGGAUGAGGGCGAAGUUUUGGGGGAGAGUAAGAGGUCCGGCUCGGCAGAGCAAGUUUCCGGUGAGGACGGUUGUGGUGUAAGGAGUAUAAAGGUCGAGAUUGAAGAUGACGUUAUCCUUGAGGCUGGGCCCAGUAACGAGGUACGAAGUGGGAUCGGCUUUGCUUCGAAAGAGACUACGGGGAAGAGCGGCCAGUUCCCAGAUUUCUCGAAGAUGAGCCUCAGGGAAUGGUUCGACUAUAUGGAGGUCUAUUUGCCGAAGCAGAUAACUGAUGAGACGGAGAAGCUGAUUUCGGAGAUGAGGGCGAAAGCUCUACGCGUGAGGGAGUAUGUUGCUGAGCAGAAGAAGCAGAAGGGAAAAGCAAUUUCAUAGAUGGCGGAACAUUUCUGCGCCGUAUGCCGAAUAACAACCCAGUCGGUCCCUUCCGUUUUCAGCCGAAGAUUACUCUGGAAACUGGUGAAUUGUGUGCAUGCUAAGCUAACUGGAGACUGCAGGUGGAUUAGCUGCGGAACUCCAAUGCCGGUUUCACAGUAUGCCAUAGCAGCAACCUGGAAGGCUUGCAAAAACGUCUCCAAAGCCGUUUCCGACGAGUGCCAUGUGCAUCGGUGAGGGGGGCAACUUUACCAGGAGUAGACAAGAUGAGACGCAAGGAGGAAGGAGAGAGGAUGAUAGAAGAACGUACAUGACUGUUCUCAGCAUUGCUCCGAUUUCCUCGUAUGUCUAUGAAGGAGACGAAAUUUAUGGUUCUUCUGAUGAAAUUAGAAGCGGUUAAGGAGGCAUUGCGCCUAGUUAGGCACGACAGAAGCUUAGGAAAUACAUGUACGAAUUGUUGUAGUCUACAUUUGAUGAGCAACUGAAGAGAGAAGAGAGAAGAGAGAAUGUAUUGAUGUUUUAAGUAUAUUUGUACCUUGCAUCAUUCGAUUGACUCCGACUGUUGGAUGCAAGCUUCGACGCUAUGAAUCUUGCACUUGUCUCCACUGCAUUUAGAUGAAAUAUUCGGUCUUCAAUUUGUUA